GAACCUACGAAAGGAAGGCCAUGAUGUCCGCAUAAGCUAUGCCAGUAUCUAGUUCUCGACUCCGAGGAUCCGAGUUCGAAAUGGUUCUCUUUACGUGAUUCACCAUCCAGUGAAUUCUAAGAGAGCUCACCGUCAGUAACGGCCUGAUCAGACAGGCUAAUAUCCAAUUUCAUCAUCACGUGGGUCGCAUUUAAGUCCACCAAGUCACUCUUCUCCCGCCCUUUGCUUUUCUCGCUCACUGCCUCUAUGAUCCAUGCAACAGCAGGAAAGACCGCCAGCGUCCAAGUUCUCCUUCAAAGGCCUCCUUACAUUUCCGUACCGGAUUUGCAACCCACCCCCGUCUAUUGGAAAAGUACGCUCGUGUGGGGUCACACCAUUCCUCGAUGUUCAUCUUGACGACGUACUCGAACGCAAGCACCUUCCGCCUCUCGGCCUCAAGGAUUUCGAAGAAUAUCUUCUCUAUGUCGAGCAAUCGCCAGAAAAUCUCUACUUUUUGCUAUGGCUGAAGGAGUAUACUACCCGUCACCACAUCUGGUCCCAGCGUACAAAGAUUAUAAGCUCCCUGACUCCUCCAGGUACUCCAAUACAACAACAUCCCUUUCCCUCUCCACCGUCAUCAGAUCCGUCGCUUGCUCUUUUUUAUGCAAAAGCAAAGCAAACCUUCUUCACCCCUGGUGCAGAGUAUGAACUUGAUGUCCCUUCAGACAUCCUCGCUCCAUUCCAUUGUUCACCUCAGAACCACAUGUUUUUCACCAGAGUCCGCGGCACAGCCAUUUCGAACUUGGCACCAAGCGUCCACCCAGAUCCUGCAGUGUUCACAGAGGUGGCAUUAGAGACACGCGCUAUGCUUAAAGAAUCCCUUUCGCGCUUUGUUCGUGCAGCUGCUACCAACAUUGGUUCACGAAGAGCAGCUUGCGGCAUUGCUGCUGGCAUACUAUGUUUAUCUCUCGCUGGAAUCUUACCUCUUGCACUGACGUCUGGUGGCUGGGUCGGUGCCCCUCACGGACGCUGGUGGAGGCUAUCAGCAUUCCCUGGCAUGUGGCUUGGUCUGGUGUUGCUAUUUUCUAGUCUUAACGGAGUUUGUCUCAUGGUAUAUGUCUUUGGCGACCUGAGACAACUUCGAAAAUUUGAGCUUGCUAGGCCAGCUAUUUCAAGGCCGAUGCCUGCCCCUGCUCCUGUGGUCACGUCGGUAUCUGCGCCGUUGCCUCAUCCGCUAGCUCCUAGCAAGAAACGUAGCAUCGUAAUAUCUAAGCAUCAUGACAGGCAGUAUGAUCCAGAAUGCGGCUCGUCUAAGUCCUUCCAAUCCGUACCAUACUCUCUUUCUGCCGAAGGACGUUCAUUUUCGCGAGCAUCGGACUCGUAUUCUGACUCCGAAGUCUCCAGAUCUUCAGGACACGAGAACUCAUCUUCUUCAUUCGAGUCGCCGGAGAUUCAAAUUUCUCCUGCUUACUUCGAUGAUGUGCCUGCACCCGAGGGUCCAGCGACAGCUACAGGCUUGUAUCGUUCUCAUUACCGUCCUGCGCAACCAUCAUCUAUCGCUUUCCCUUCCGUGGCACAUACUCGGGAACGCCCGAAUCCUGUUGCAUUUUUCUCACCCCUUGAAUGUCACGACGGGAAUGUCAGAAACAGUUCGGCUGCCAAGCCACAUACUCUAGAUGAUUCUGGUUCCUUUGGUCCCAGCGCAGCGUUCAUUCGUCAUGAGGUAGACCUCGAUGUGGAAGACGAUCUAAAAGAGCGUAUCCACACAGGACUAGACGAGAAGGAGUGUUUUGACUUCGAUCUUCUUCCAAAUUCUGUCAAGGGAAACGUGAUCCUAACAGACAACAUUCGCCUCCCGAGCAAUGCUUCCCAACCUCCUAUCAACGUCACCAUCGCAGGUCAUAUUCCAAUGUUAUCUCUCGAAACUGGAAAUACUGCUCCUUCAAACAAUCUCAGUUCUGCCAUCGCACGCCAGCAGUAUAAAUGCAAGCGCACAUACGCACCUCCGUUAUCACUCGUUUCACAAAUUUCUUCAGUUCCAUCGCCUAAUUCGUACACACCAUCUCCGACGCCGAGCUCUAAUCGCUCUCCCAUUCUCUCGUUCAUGAUUCCCUCUUUCACUGCGGGUGUUCCCGCUUUCAAGGCACCGAUGACGCGUGUGCGGUCGCCUGUAGUAAUCCGAGCCCAAUGGGAAGUUGUCAUUCGCUCCGCCGUCCUCGGACUGAUAUGCACUAUAACAGUCCUAAUCAUUUUUAUCGGCGUCAUCCCAUGAUUUUUUUUU